CGUUGCGUGCUCUUUCCUGGGCCAGACUAUCCCGGAGAGAGAAACAAUCCUUUGCUAGCCCGCAGCAACAACCGCACAACAUACACUUGCUUACACACAGCGCAGCUGCCGAACACACACACCCCCCACACCCCUACACUCUUACACCCCCGACACCGACACACACCCACCUACACAGCAAAAAAUAGGAAAGACACGGAAGCAGCAAUGUACUCGGUCGAAGCACACACAAACACAAACGCCAUCUCCAUACCGGCGUCAAGCACGUCAGGGAUGACGCAUCUGAACACACAGAGCGAGCACCGGCAGAUCGACGCCUGCAACAGUCUGUUGAGGACGUUGCUAAUCCUGGACAUCGUGAUACUAGACAAGCUCCACAGGCGGUCCAACCUCUCGCUCUUGUUGAUCCAUCUACGAUGCGCGUUGGACCGGUUCAUCGACACGCAGGCCGACGGCGGCGACACCGCCGAGAUCGUGCGACAGUUCAACAGCUCGAUGUCGUUGGUGUUUGAGAACGCCCGCUUUUUCAACCUCACCGAACUCCACGAAAUCUACAACGCUCUGCUCAAGGAGCUCCACGGCGACGUGGAUCCGCAGACGGCAGGCGAGACCGGGCCGAGUCAGGCGCAGCCCCGGAAAGUCUCUCUCUCGGUAGACUUCGACUCAUUCGCCAACAGGAUUCUCUGCUGCUCGGAAUCCUUGGCAGACUACAAGCACUUUGAUGCCAAGUUUGACGAGGCUGCCAUCAUGGACCACGAGCUGGAGAAACUCAAAUCCCACUACAUCGCCACCUCCUUCAAGUACAAAUGCAGACACCAGUCGCCGGCUCCAACAGCUUCCAGUGUGUGCAACGAAAACUUGCAGCUGGUGCAAUCGCCUGAUUUCAUGGAGUUCCAUCUGAAAAGAUGGAAGGCUUUAAACUUGUUAGACAGGCGUAUUUUCAAAAGUUCCUGAAUGGCUGUUUGUUUUCCUGCUCUUUUAUUUUCUAAACAUCUCUAUAAAAUUCGUGUACCUGCAUCUAAUCUACUAUCCUGUUUGCGCAUAAAUUUUUUCGUUUUUAUGAUUAUUUUCAAACCUUCUAAAUUACAAUCGAAUAUAUAGUAACAUCUUAUACAACAA